CUAUAAUGCUAUGUAUCCUGCCCAGCUUUCUAUUCAAUCUUUUAUAUUAUAAGCUCUUGUGUUCAUAAUUAUAGGCAUCAUAUAGCCGUAUUGUGUAUCAAUCAACACCAUCAAGUGCAAAGAAGAUGAGUUCCAAAAGCAUCUCAGCGGCCGAUGCAAUUUCCAAAGCAGAAAAGACCAUCCUCGAGGCCGAAGAUGUAAAGGCCACUCCGCUUUUCCCUGAGAACCUUCCAACAGAGGCCGAGAUUGAUAUCAUGUACGCGGAAAUAGACGACUACAAGGAACAGCUACGCAAAUGUCGUUUGUGCCGUGAAAAGUACAUGCUAAAGAUACAAUGGCUCGAGAGUGAUAUAGAAUCCUUGACGAAGAGGAAAAAAGAUCUCAUGGAGGGAAUCUUGGAGCGCAGAGAUGACUUCGAAGAGCUCUCUGCACAAUGUGUACUGAAGGUCGAAGUGUUGGACUCUGACAUUCAGCAUUUAAUGCACAACAUCAUAGUUAUCGAAGAAGAUAUAGCAGGAAAGCUGGAGGUAUUGUCCUCGAUGACUGACGAUCAGGAUACUAUGGAGGGUGAGAAAACUCUCGUCAUUUCAGCGAACAAUACAGACAUAUCCGAACUAGAAGGGAAGAUAGCUGCUAUGCGAGAGGGAAAUGUACAUAUGCGAGAUUUUCUCCAGGGUAGAAACAGCGGAAACAGUGAUCUGCAACGCAGUCUCGAAAUAAGCACAAAUGAAAACGUGGAGAAGUCGCGUGUUAUAAUCGAGUAUUUAGAUAACGUAGAGAGUCUCCUGGAAGCGAUGAUUUCUGGCUUACCGAAAUCUUCUCAAGGCCAGUGCCUGGCCACUGACGAAGCUAUUGCACUUGAAGACUCAGACCCCACCUAUGCUGAAUCGGGAGUGUAUCCGAGCUCAGGUGACGAUGCGGAUGCAUCUGUGUCCACCCAUGCUCUUAUAUAUGUACUCGAUUGUUUAGUGGAGAAAACACGCCUCAGGCAGAGCCGGGAUCUUCAGUUAGAAGUGUUGGAGCAGCUGGCUGACAGCUUGGCAGAGGGUAGACUACGCACGGCGAAACACAUAGAGAAAGAGUCAGCCCGAUUGGUAGAGCUUCAAAAUGGGGCUGCCGAUUAUCUCAAUAUAGAACCUAAAGUGGACGACUAUGCAGACAACUUCGCGAAUCUAAAACGUCUGCUCGGUAUCAUGGUGGAGAAAGCGAAGAAACAGGCUGUGCAGAUCAGCACGUUGCUUUAUAUUCUAGAGAAGAAAGACCAAAUGAAUGAUGUCAUGGCGGAAAAAGUGAAGGAGAUUGCUCUAGAACAAAUGAAAACGGGUAACUUACUACGCAAUGCACGACAGAACAAAGGAAAGGCCAAGAAGAUAUCAAGCAGCCCUUCGAAGAGACAAUCCAGUAGCGCGUCCAAGACGUCCAAAAUUUCAAAAUGAUCGCGGUUGAUCUUGUCACAUCUGAAUACUUUCACGAAAUAAUUAUACUGCCGAGACUUUGACUAUAUAUGCAACUCUGUAGAUACUACUGAAUAAUUGCGCAAUAUAUUAAGGUGCUUACAAAUACCCUGACAUAUAUAAGAAUCUUUGACAGUACAUGCAUAGACAGGCUAUGAAUACUCUCCGUGACUACAAAUAGAUAACCAGGGGCGCUAUCUAUACGAUGCUACAUAGGCAUCUUAGCAUGAAUUUCUUAUCGCAAUGAAAUGCCUCGCCGAAUAUUCUUGUCGCACCGGAGUCUUAAUUGCCCAUGAAAAAUAAAUACGAAACUACACAGAUAGAACCGCUUUGCAGCCUCGUCAAGAGAAAGAAAUAACCCAAUUUCGGAACAUAGUACAUUAAGAAUAAGUGCAUAAACAGUUUUUUAUCCAACUGUAUCUAUGAUUUUUUUUACAUACAUACACUCCAUAACAAAUCCAUGGGCAUGAAUGUAGCCCAAGUAAAACUCAAAUCAUGUAAAUAUUGAAAACAAGUCCUUCCGG